CUGAGACAGGUGCCACAAGACUGGAUUCUGGGGGGAAUGGACGAUUGAAAACGCAGCACUCCCAGCUCCACUCUUCGGUAAGAAGGGACUGCCAGCGAAUACUCUGAAACCUAGAGGAGUCAACAAGUCUCCAAGUACUGUAAGGUUUUACAAGAGAUAGAUUGGCUUGAAAGGUGAAUAGUCCAACUGGAAAGUAGGAGAAUGCCUUCGCCUACUGAUCCGUGCUUAGCAUUGAUGAUCCUUUCAUUAUCCUUCGGAGGACUGGUGCUGGGUUCUGAAUAUGAGACGCGAUUGGUGGCUAAGUUGUUUCAAAACUAUAACAAGGUGAUUCGUCCAGUGGAGAGCCACGAUCAAUUAGUUAACGUCACAGUGGGAUUGCAGCUCAUUCAGCUCAUCAAUGUGGAUGAAGUAAAUCAAAUUGUGGAAACAAAUGUGCGCCUGAAACAGCAAUGGGUUGACGUGAAGCUUCGAUGGAAACCAGAAGAUUAUGGUGGCAUUAAGAAGAUCAGAUUGCCUGCUUCUGACAUUUGGCUCCCAGACAUUGUCCUGUACAACAAUGCAGAUGGUGAAUUUGCCAUUGUUCAUAUGACGAAGGUGCUUUUGGAAUAUACAGGAAAAAUAAUCUGGAAUCCUCCAGCAAUUUUUAAAAGUUAUUGUGAAAUCAUUGUAACACAUUUCCCAUUUGACCAACAAAAUUGCAGCAUUAAACUGGGAAUCUGGACAUAUGAUGGAACAAGAGUUGCCAUAUUUCCGGAAAGUGAUCGACCAGAUUUGAGUGACUUCAUGGAGAGUGGAGAGUGGGUAAUGAAAGAUUACCGUGGAUGGAAACAUUGGGUGUAUUAUACCUGCUGUCCAACUACUCCUUACCUGGAUAUCACCUAUCACUUUAUCAUGCAGCGCCUACCACUUUAUUUUGUUGUGAAUGUCAUCAUUCCUUGUCUGCUCUUUUCCUUUUUAACUGGAUUAGUAUUUUACUUGCCGACUGAUUCAGGUGAGAAGAUGACUUUGAGUAUUUCAGUUUUGCUGUCUCUGACAGUGUUCCUUCUGGUUAUCGUUGAGCUAAUCCCUUCAACCUCCAGUGCUGUGCCUUUAAUUGGCAAAUACAUGCUCUUCACAAUGAUUUUUGUCAUCAGUUCAAUCAUUAUUACUGUCAUCGUAAUUAAUACUCAUCAUCGCUCUCCAAGUACACAUACAAUGCCACAAUGGGUUCGCAAGGUUUUUAUUGACACCAUACCCAAUAUAAUGUUUUUCUCAACAAUGAAACGAGUAAAAAAGGAAAAACAAGAGAAAAAAAUAUUCCCUGAGGACAUUGAUAUCUCUGACAUUUCUGGAAAACAAGCGGCAGGAAACAUUACUUUCCAAACUCCUUUAACAAAAAACCCAGAUGUCAAAAGUGCCAUUGAGGGAAUCAAAUACAUUGCAGAGCACAUGAAGUCUGAUCAGGAAUCAAACAAUGCUGCGGACGAAUGGAAGUAUGUUGCAAUGGUGAUUGAUCACAUUCUGCUGGCUGUCUUCAUGGUGGUUUGUAUUAUCGGUACUGUUAGUGUCUUUGCUGGUCGUCUUAUUGAACUCAAUCAACAGGGCUGAAUCUUCAUAAUAUACAGUCAAUAUGUUACUGAUAAAAGGAAUGGUUAUUGUUCUAUAGAAAAGAUGAUUAGUUCUAAUGUUGUAAUUGUAGUCUGUUGUGCAAGAUACAUUGUUUACAUUGUAUUACAUGUUUGGGAAUUUAAACCAUAUUAGUAAAAAAAGGUAGUUCAAGAGCAGCUGACAAAUGAAAACAACACACUAUAGAUAAACAAAAUAUGUAAAGAAUUAGAUUUGAAGUCAUUUGUAAUUUGAUAGAGAAACACAAUUAUGAGGAACAUUGAACAUUAUAGACUGAGUUUGUGUCAAGCAUGUGUUUAUUAUCUAAUAGAUCAUGUAACUUAAUGAUAACAUUGUUCUACUGUAUAAUUUUAUGUUUUCUU